AUGGUCGCCGAUACAGAUGCUGUGGCUCAAAUCAAUCCCUCUCAGGAGGGUCAGGACGGGACGGUGUCUUCUUACCUGGUUAUCCCGAACGACAGCGAUAGACAGCCAAAUGACCAUGGCCAUGACGAGGAAAGUGCAUUACUUUCCAGUCCGACCGCAUAUGACGAGCGCAAAGUGGAACUUUCGACCAGUGUCAGCACCAUUGUGGCCGUCUUAAUUCUCGGCGAAUUUAUCUCGAAUGCCGAUAGCACGUUGGUUAUGGCUGCAACGGCAAAGGUGUCGUCUGAAUUCAACAAACUUCAGGAUGCCAGCUGGUUGUCGACGGGGUAUACUCUUGGGGUAUGUGCGGCGCAACCGAUGUACGGAAAGCUGAGCGAUAUAUACGGACGGAAAGCGCUUCUACUUGUGGCAUACACUCUUUUUGGCUUGGGUUGCGUUGUCUCGGGCAUCGGUCGGGAUCUUUGGACGGUCAUUAUCGGUCGAGCAGUCAGUGGUAUCGGAGGUGCGGGUAUCAUGACCCUUGGCUCCGUUAUCAUCACCGGUAUGCGUUCAAGGAAAACGUUGUUAAUAAUGGGACUAUGCUCUCGUAAUAGGCUGUUUCUUCUCCAGAUCCCGUUCAUCGUCCUCGGUGGUCUUCUAGUGAUUGCCAAGCUAAACAUCACAUACCACGCCACAUCGAAAGCCUCUAUACGCCGCGUUGACUUCCUAGGAGCAGGACUACUUGGAGCAUCCGUAGUAGCAAUCAUCAUGCUCCUCGACCGAGGCGGCCAUGCCUUCCCCUGGAUCUCACUCCCUUCCUUCCUGUUAGGCGGCAUCGGUAUCGCAUUACUUAUACUCUUCGUCUGGGCUGAACGCGUCGCAGCCGAGCCCAUCUUCGACCUCCGGAUCCUCGCCCGACCAAACGUGGCAUCCAGCUACAUGGUUGGAUUCCUGCAGAUCACCAGCCAACUGGGCAUGCUAUUCUCCGUCCCACUAUACUUCCAAGUUACACAACGCGCCUCCGCGACCGUCGCAGGCGGCCAUCUGGUCCCAGCCGUGGUCGGAAACACGGUCGGAGGUUUAUUAGCAGGCACGUUUAUCCGUCGAACAGGCCGCUACAAGGCAUUGUUGGUUAUUGGAGGACUUGUCGCUGCAAUCACGCAUGUUCUCAUGCUCAUCCGAUGGAACGGCCAUACGAACUUUGGAGAAUCCCUAUAUAUCAUUCCCGGAGGUAUGGGUACUGGAAUCGCAUCGGCGUCUGCGUUCGUCGCUAUGACAGCUCUACUUGAGCCUCAGGAUAUGGCAAUGGCGACUGGUGGAUACAUGCUCAUAGUCAGUUUUGCGAUGACGACUGGUAUCACCAUGACGAAUACGGUUCUUGGACUAGGGUUCAAGCAUCAGUUAGAACAGAACCUGCACGGCAAGGGGGCGGAAAAGAUCAUUCGUCGUGCGACGUCGGAUACGAAUUACAUUGCCAAACUCGAGGGAAACAUUUGGGAGAUUGUUGUGGGCUGCUUCGUGGCUGGCUUGAAGAAUACUUACGGUCUAUGCAACUCUUGGAUGGUGAAUGGCACUACAGCUUGCACUGUUCGCUAUAAGCAACGCAUGAGCGUGAGCCAGGGCAGCGUGCUAUAUCGAGAGUGGAAAUAA